GUUUCCUGCCACUGUCGCUCCUUCCAGACCCAGGUUCUUCCCUUCUUCAGGCAUUCCAUCAACGCUCUCUCGCUUUCUUCUCCAACGGCGCGACUGCCUUCGCUUUUCUUCUCCUUCCCAGGACUUAGACACUUCUUUUUCUUCUUCCCCAUCUGUCUUUCCUGGUACUUGCUUACCUAGAGGCCAGCACCUUCCCAGGUACGUAGGUAGUCGCCAGAAAGAAAAAAAAACCAUCUGUACUCCCGCUGGGUACCUAACGUCCGUCCUAUUCCUUCCAACUUAUCGUCCCCUACCGGCCGGCCUGCUCGGUUACCUUCCCCUCCUCUUCUCUCCUCCCUCGCCGUGACCUCGCCGCUUUCACCAACCACCUUUCACUGCACCUCACACAAGAGUCUAAGACAUCUCAACCUUCUUCCUUGUGUGCGCUGAGUCUUGUGUCACCAACUCCUCACCCACCACCACUUCGAGUCGCCUGGACGGUGGCCCGCCGACUUUCCUUCCUCCAUCGCCCAGCAUGAGCAACAUGUCGACUCACUCCAACAUGGAGCGCUUAGAGCCCGUCGAAUCGCCCGUUCAGAGAUCGACCAUCGGCCGCAAGUUCCGUGGCAUGUGGAAAGCCGUCGAUCGCUUCGACAAGACAAUCUCGUCGUCUACUUUUGGUCGCAUCUUCCGACUCGAGGGAAGCGGUCACUCCAAAGAGAUACCCGAUUCAUCCUUCUUGCGGGAGAUUCGCGCAGGCGUCACAACCUUUGCGACCAUGGCCUACAUCAUCGCCGUGAAUGCAAUCAUUCUCUCGCAGACGGGCGGCACUUGCGAAUGUGACUUGGAGAACCGAGCCGAAUGCGAUUCCAUUCUCGCCUACAAGGCGUGCAAAGAGAAUGUCCGACUCGAUUUGAUCACCGCAACCGCAGCCAUUGCCGGGCUCUCCAGCUUCGUCUUCGGGUUCUUCACUAACCUGCCAGUGGCGCUCGCUCCCGGCAUGGGCCUCAACGCCUACUUUGCCUUUCAAGUGGUUGGCCCCAACGGCUCGGGUGCCAUCCCGUACCGGGUAGCCCUCACGGCAGUCUUUGUAGAGGGUCUCAUUUUCAUCUUUCUCGCUCUCACCGGAAUGCGUCAGUGGCUCGUCAAGCUCAUCCCCGCAACCAUCAAGACGGCAACCGGAGUCGGUAUUGGUUUCUUCCUGACAGAAAUUGGGCUUUCUUACUCGGCGGGGAUCGGUGCCAUCACAGGAGGCUGGAAGUCUACCCCUCUCGCCAUCGCUGGCUGUCCUGUCGAGAUGAUCGACCCUGAGACCCAAAUGUGCGCUGGUGGCAUCAUGUCAAGCCCAAAGAUGUGGACUGCCAUUUUCGCCGGCGGUGUUGUCACGGCCUACUUGAUGUCGUUCCGAGUCAAAUACGCACUCAUCAUGGGUAUUGCCUUGGUGUCGAUCUUGUCAUGGCCACGUAAUACGUCUAUUACGUACUUUCCCUACAACGAGGAGGGCGACAACCGUUACAACUUCUUCAAGAAAGUCGUUACCUUCCAUCCAAUCGAGCGCACUCUCAACGUCCUGGACUGGGACGUGUCCAAGAACGGAUCGCAAUUCGCACUUGCCCUCUUCACUUUUCUCUAUGUCGACAUUAUUGAUGCCACGGCCACUCUGUACUCGAUGGUCCGCUUCUGCGGUGUUGUUGACCCCAAAGAUGGCGAUUUCCCUCGUUCCACGAUUGCUUAUUGCUGCGAUGCGGCAUGCAUUUCUAUCGGUUCACUGAUGGGAUGCUCUCCUGUGACAGCCUUCAUCGAGAGCGGCGCAGGUAUCGCGGAGGGCGGUCGCACCGGAUUGACGUCUAUGACCACCGGGCUCUGCUUCCUCGUCUCCAUCUUCUUCUCCCCUAUCUUUGCGUCAAUCCCGCCCUGGGCAACCGGCUGCACGCUUGUUCUAGUCGGCUGCAUGAUGAUCCGCCAGAUCACCCAGAUCAACUGGCGAUACAUUGGCGAUGUUCUUCCUUCAUUUGUUGUCAUGACCUUCAUUCCGUUCUCCUAUAGUGUCGCCUACGGCCUCAUUGCGUGCGUUUCCUCCGUCGCAUCAUCUGGACUGCAGCUAACGAACGGCAGAGGCGUCUUCGUGUACACCGUUCUCAACGGUCUUAUUGCCCUGACUGUCUGGCUUUCCGGAGGCAGGCUCGAGCCUCGCGAAUACGACGCUAAGGAGUACUGGUCCUGGAGAGGCUCUGGCAAGAAGCCUUGGUUCGUUCGUGCCGUUCGUACCAGCUGUUUCAGCAACGGUGACCAUGACAGCAAGCGGCAGUUCAACAUGCAGGACGACCACGAGAGCUCUUACGCUCCGGGCUCGCGUAUGGGUUCAUCGGACCACAAGGAGGACGGUGUUCACAUGGUGACGAUUCCACAGCGUGCGGUCACGCCGCGCUCCGUGCACUGAAUGUACUCAACCGGAAGCUGUAUUCUUCAUUAGUAUGUUUGGGAGGGUGAUUUUCUGCGAGGAAUUUCUGUGCCAGAGACACUGGCGAUAUAACUUGAAUCAGCUUGCACUGUUGUAGAUAGCAAUGGAAC